GACGAAGUCGCGUAACGGAUGUUACCCAGAAAGCUCUCUAGAUACUCGUAAAAGUAAAAGAACCACGGACGAGGCCCAUGACGUUGCGCGCGGGACGACGAAUGAUAAUAAUAAAUCCUUACUUAGCGGGCGGUCAGUCGAAUCUCGCGAAGCCCUGCCAGACCCCACCGUCAACCGUCGAAAACCCCGCCAAACCGGUUGCACACGACCCUGAAAAGGCAGAUCGAAAUAGCUCUACGUUCUCGCACAUCCACCCCGAGAGUAUCUGUGCAGUAAUUCCUCCAGCGCGAGGACCAUCAGACACAAUGGCUGAGACUCAGGCCCCCGAGGUUGACUACACCUUGAACAACCCCGAUACCUUGACCAAGUACAAGACUGCGGCGCAGAUCUCGCACAAGGUCCUAGAAGCCGUCUCAGGAUGGUGCCUUGAGGGCGCGAAGAUCGUGGAGCUUUGCCAGAAGGGUGACCAGCUUCUCGAGGAGGAGAUUGCCAAGGUCUACAAGGGCAAGAAAGUCUCCAAGGGUUUCGCCCACCCCACGACGGUGUCCCCGAGCUCUUACGUGACUCCGUACACUCCUCUGCUCUCUGACGCGGAGGAGGCCAACACGACGCUCAAGGCCGGAGAAGUCGUUAAGAUCCAACUGGGCGCCCAGAUUGAUGGAUUCGGAACCAUUGUCUGUGACAGCAUCGUUGUUGCCGGGGCUGAGGACGCCGUCACCGGCCGCGAGGCCGACCUCCUGCUUGCGACACACUACGCCAAUGAGUUGCUUCUGAGACUCAUGGUCCCUCCCGGUCUGCUGGCCACCGGAUCCGAGGAAGAGAAGCAGAAGGCUGCUGCUGAGAAGCCUCCUACUCAGACCCAGAUUUCCAACCUGAUCGAGAAGGUCGCCAAGGCGUACGACUGCAACGUUGUCGAGAACACCACCAGCUGGCAGUUCGAGCGUAACGAGAUCGAGGGCAAGAAGAAGAUCAUCCUGAGCCCCGGUUCUGGCACUAAGGGCGACGGUGUCCCCGAGGUGGGAGAGGUCUGGGGAGUCGAGAUUGGCAUGAGCUUGGGAUCUGGAAAGGUCAAGACCUUGUCGCACCGCGCUACUCUGCACCGCCGUACCACCACGACAUACAUCCUCAAGCGUCCUAGCUCGAGACAGACCCUGUCCGAAAUCGUCAAGAAGUUUGGAACCUUCCCCUUCAGUCUGCGUCAGCUCGAUGACGAGAAGGCCGGUAAGGUCGGUGUCGUUGAGUGUGUCCGUGGCGGCGUCGUCCGACAGUACGAGCCCGCCGGUGACUCGGACAACGCUCCUGUGGCCAGACUCCUGACUACCAUUGCUAUCACCAAGAACGGCAUCACCAAGCUUGCUGCUCCUCCCGAGCCUGAUCUGUCCAAGAUCAAGUCGGACAAGAAGAUCGAGGACGAGGAGAUCCUGAAGAUCCUCGAGCGUCCGAUCUCCAAGUCAACGGGUGCCAAGGGCAAGAAGAACAAGAAGAAGAAGAAGCCCGCUAAGACUGCCCAGGGAGAGGGAGAGGAGUCCGGCGAUGAGGAGUAAACUCGACGCGGAAACACGGUUUUUGUCCAGUCUGAUAUAUGCUUCGCAUUGGAAAGACUCUAUCUAUGACUCCCCUGAGCUGUACUUGCACGCCGCGGCCCGAGGGAAUAUGGCAUUGGUAGUUCCACAGUGAAUCCCAGCAGUACGCGGGAUCCAGUCAUGUCGGUUGAUAUGACGAUCAUGUAAAGGGUUUCUCUCUAAAGGCCCUUGUCUUUCUAGUUAGCAAAAUAAAACCAAAAAAAAUUGGUCUCUAUCACGCA